UCGCCAUCAAAAAGGACGACACUCACAAUUACGAAAUAAACUUCCGCGUUUUUCCUGGUCCCUGAUUUGUGUUGAAAGUGAUGGAAAUUCAUUAGAGACACAACUCGACAUUGUGCUUCAAAGUUGACAUUAGAGGACUUUUGACAAAAUGUAAAUCAUGGACUUGCUGAAAGAGUUGUUAUCGAUCGAUUGUUGUAACAAUUUUUUAGUGUGCACAAAAAAACUCUUUCCGUAAUAGUUUAAGUGUGGAAGCAAUAAGGGGAUUUCGUGUUGAGUUGUUGUCAUCAGCGAAGGAGAGCAGUUAAAAUUUUUUGUUUCUCAAUCGAAGGACACGCCACAAAGAAACUGAAAGAUUUUGCAUGAAUUUUCCUUACAACUCACGUAGAGUCGUGUGUGUUUGUGUGUCGAUGCAAUACGUACAAUUUCGGGUAACUAGGUCAAUAAGUCAAGUAACUGAUACUCCUUAUUAAUGGUUUAGGAGGACAUUGCGCUACAUCAUGGAAAAUCAACAAGCAUGCGAAUUGUGUGGAAAAACUGGCCUUUCGGAUGACGCGCUGCGGGACCAUUUUGCGAAAAAUCACGUUGAUGGCUCACCCAAAUGUCCCUUUUGUGGCAUUACAGCGAGUUCCGCAGAACUUUUGAUUCAUGUCAAUACGCAACAUUUGGACUAUUUGACGCCAACAUCACCGCAAAAUGGAGGAGACACGGAUGGACUUAAUUUCAUUGAUGACCAAACGCCCAGCUCGUAUUACAGUAUUGAUUCUGACUCGAUGUCGGAUUACAGAAUGCCCUCUUCGCCUGAUCUGUCGAACGGAAAGGCCAAUGGGACAUCCAGCAGUGAAUCGAAUGGACUUAAUGGAAGUGGAACAAGCUUGAAUGGAGUGAUACGUAAGGAUUCUUCAUUCAAAAAUACUCAUGUAAAUGGCUUUGGAGCAGCAAGCAAUAGCAAAUCGUACGAAAUACAGGAAACCAUUUCUUAUACAAAUGGCAUAAAAACUAAUGGAGAGACGUCAAGUCAGGAAAGGGGAGCUCAGCCUCACGGUGGUCAAGGUUCUCCUCUGCGCUCUCAACUGGGUCUCAAAUUGAAGCCACACAAGCCAGUAUCGACAAAACCGAGUCCCCUGCAAUGCCUUUUGUGUCCCUAUACGACGGAAAACCCGGGAGUUCUCGAGGAACACAUCAACCGCUCACACUUUGAUCCACUAAGUCCCGGACUUCCGAAUCGUUCGAACCACGUCGAUACCCUCACGGCUUUUCAAUGUCCCAUUUGCAUGGUUGCUUUCGAUACGGCAUCCGAUUUGGAACUUCACGUGAAUAUCGAGCACAAGGAAAUCCUGAGUCCAGCUAAAAUUGAAAUGGAUAUGAAUGGUGCAACGGGAUACAAUCGUGAUCACACCGGCAGUGUCUGUCCCGUUUGCGGAAUUUCGUUCGAUAAGAUGAAAACGACUGACAUGGAAGAACACAUUGACAAGCAUUUCGCGAAAAGUCCACAGGCAGUUUCGUAUGAGGCGCAAAAGGCACGCGAACAAAAGGAAUUUGAGAUGUUACGUGCGCAGUAUGGCAUGGAUGACCAAGGGAAUUUUCGGGAACAGUCGGCAGCGGCAAUGCAACGAGCAGUUUAUGCGGGCGAGAUGAGUGUCGAGGCAUAUUACGAGCGCCAAGUUGGACUGAAGGCAGCCGAAAGCUAUGGGAUUGAUGAUGGUUCGUCGUGCACGAAGACCGUAGCGGCUCGCGUUUCAAGUCUUUCGAAUGCUGCGGUCGGUGUCACAAAGACUUAUGUUUGUUCCGGCGUGGAUCACUAUGCAUCGAGUUACGGAGACAAAGGCUGGGGCUGCGGAUACCGAAACUUGCAAAUGCUGCUAUCCUCCUUGCUGCAAAAUACACUUUACAACGAAGCACUCUACAAAGCAUGGGGAAAUCAUGGACCAGCACGCACCGCAAUGCCCAGUAUUUCACGGCUACAACGCAUGGUAGAGGCAGCAUGGGCUCAAGGUUUCGAUACGCAAGGUCGCGAUCAAUUGGGAAAAUUGCACAAUACGAGAAAAUGGAUUGGCGCUACGGAAAUUGUCACGGUCUUGUCGUGGCUACGCAUCGAUUGUCAAUUAGUGGAUUUUCAUCGACCAACUUCGAUAGAUGGACGGCAUCCGGAACUCUUCAAUUGGGUGUUGCAUUACUUCGAGGAACCAAGAAACCAUACACCACCACUUUAUUUACAACAUCAAGGUCACUCUCGUACAAUCAUUGGCAUUGAACAACGUCCAUCUGGUCUGACUCUUUUAGUUCUCGAUCCUAGUCAUGGUCCGCGACAAGUUGCUGCAUUGGGAACGAAUCAAGAAUCCCUUCGCUUGAUUCGACGUGGCCCAGCUGCCAUGCGAGCGCCUCAGUAUCAAAUUGUGGCAGUACGGGGACUCAUAGAAACAGAGGAGCAAUAUCAGGCAAAAAAAGUGCUAAAAUCCCUUCGGAUACCUCCUGAUCGUUGACAUGUGUUUCGAAAGUUUUUACGUUGGAAUCGACAUUUAUUAAAACGAAUCUUCAAGUAUUUAAACAUUAACUGAUAAUAUUAUGAUGCAUAAAAUACGGUUAGCUAUAAUAUAAUUAUGAAAUUAAACGAAGCGACAGCAGCAAAUGGCUUUUGACUAAAAACACAAAAGAAAAUUUCGCAAAUGGUCUUUUUAGUCAGCAGCUACUUAUUUUGAAAAAAAGGCGUCAAAAGCAUUUUUGUAGAGUAUCCAGGCGCCUCCACCUGUCAAUAAACUCAAAAUUUUUGUUUUGAAUAUGGUGAUAUUAAUAUUAAUUAAAAUUAUAAAUAAUGAAAAAAAAAAUUAAAAAGAUAAAAUAUAUUCUUCAAUGUUUUUAAAAAGAAGCAAAAUUAUAAACGAAAAAUUAGGAUAAAUCAGUGAAAAAGUACAUGGAAUAAAUAAGAGACAAUCGAUGGAAGUGUCGAAUUAGAAAAGAAAGAAAGAAAUUAGACAAAAAUUAUUUAUUUUCAUAUUCAAAUAAAAGAGAAUAUUUUGCAGCAGCAUCAUUUAUUUUAAAAAAACUACUGUUUAAUGCAAAAUAAAAAUAAACUAUAUAAAAAAAUAAUAAAAAAUACAAAUUAGUGCUUUAUUCUCCAAAGAAAUACAAAAAAUAGAUUUUAAUACAAUCAUAAAAAGCAAGAAACCCCCAAAAAUAGGGAUCCUAUAUAUAUAUUAUACUGUUACAAAUCAAUUUAUUGUUUAAAAAUGAGCACACCAUAUCUUUCAUUCACUGUUUGCAUGAAACUUUAAGGAACACUCACCACGUGAUACACGCUUAACUUUCGGAGAUUACUAUUUAAAAAAAAAAAGUGAAAACCAAUGAGGAAUUAUUAAAGUACCUUUAAAAGUAAAAAUAGAUAAAUAUUACUUGCAUAGCAUUUAAGCAUUAAAUGGAGCAUAAAGAUAAAAGUUUAAAAUAAAUUUAACGAAAUUGCUCGAAGUUAAUGAUAAAA